CUACCCUGCGAGCUCAAGUGAAAUCACACGACCGCGUUUCGACCCCGCUGAUACAGCCUCAAGCUCUCCAUAGCGGGUACUCUUCAUAGUUCUACCACAUCAACUCGUUCUGUGUGUAAGUUCAAACAAACUGUGGAUAUCUCCCAGUAGCCGCCAGUGAAUCACCUACGAGCUCUCUCAGCUUCUCUGACUGACUCCUUCCCUGUGUUCUAAGCCUCACGCUGACCGUCACUAGGCUCAUACCGACCUGUUGCCUACAGCUCCCCAGCCUUAUACAUCCACCUCUCCCUCUCAACUUCUCACCACCUCGAUCCUCUCUCGCCGUCAUGGCCUCCAACCGUGCAAGGCGUAUCGCAAAGGAAAUUGCCGACAUCCAAAACGACCAGCUCUCCAAGAUUGUCGUGGAGCCAGCAGGGAACGGGGACGACCUCACACAUCUUCGCGGCCAGUUCUACGGGCCGCCUGAUACCCCAUAUGAAGGCGCUAUAUACCAUGUCGAUAUCAAAAUCCCAAGCGAUUACCCCUUCCGGCCGCCAAACAUGCGGUUCGAGACCAAAAUCUGGCAUCCUAAUGUCAGCUCCCAGACAGGCGCUAUUUGCUUAGACACAUUAUCCUCGCAGUGGUCACCAGUACUGACCAUCAAGUCCGCCCUCAUCUCCCUCCAGUCCCUCCUCAGCACACCAGAGCCAAAAGACCCGCAAGACGCAGAGGUGGCCAGCAUGUUGAUCCGGAAUCCCGCCGAGUUUGACCACAAGGCCCGCGAAUGGGCCGUCAAGUACGCGGGUGCGCCCAAGAAGGAGAUUGCUGAAGGCAGCGGGGGUGCUACGGCAGAGUCGAUCAAGCAGAAGCACCAGCAGGCCAAGGACAAUGAGAACAAGAUCAAGCUUGCCGCAUACAAGGGCUACAACAAGGACCUCGUGGACCGCUUCGUCGCUAUGGGUUUCGAUGUUGAGGCUGUCGUGGCUUCCUUCGAGUACGUUGGCAUCGAUAAGAUGGGUGGUGAGGAUUACGAGCUGGAAGAGGCGUACAUGGGCGACAUCACUGCUCGACUAUUCGGCGAGGCCUAAUCGUCACUGAAUCAUAACGAACAUGACAUUUCCAAUUUUUGCAAGGUGCUUUAUGUAUAUUUCAUUUAUCACGGCGUUCUGAUGUUGAACAUGAUAGUAGAGAACAAAUCGUCAAGCAGGGAGCACUGGCGUUUCAUUUUUCGAGCAGUUCGUCUUCAGUGUUCACAUCUGAUGAAUCAAGAGAAGUAACCUGAACACGACCCUUUUUAGGAAAUGGUUGUGCACGUUGGUAUCGAGUGUUCAUGAGUUGCGGUGGAAGUGGUUGACGUGCAGCAUUGCAAACUAUCGGAUAGCGUGCCUUUCCCUCUAGAAAGAGAGCCUUAUACAAUGGACAAUU